AUGGAGGGGAUGGACCUGACGCCGCCGCUGCCGGACGACGUGCUCGCGGGCGUCCUCCGUCGCCUCGCGCCACGUGGCCUCGCCGUGUCCCGCUGCGUCUGCAAGGCGUGGCGACGCGUCGUCGACGACCGCCGCCAUCUGCGCGCGGACCUCCUCCCGCGCUCGCUGGGCGGCAUCUUCCUCAACUUGCAUGACCUAAGGUUCACGCAGUUCCUCUCCCGCCCCACGACGGGCGCUGCGGUCUCCGGCCGGCUCGACUACACGGUGCCCGGUGAGCCCGACCGCCUGCCCCCCAUCUACGUCAAGGAUCACUGCAAUGGCCUCCUCUUGCUCCACCACUGCGUGGUUAACCCCGCCACACGGCAGUGGGUGCCCUUGCCUCCGCGCUCGCCCCUGCCCCAACCUCCACCUCCAGGCAUGUCUGUUUGCACAAAGGAGUACCUCGUGUUUGACCCCACCAUGUCGCUCAACUAUGAGUUGUUGAUAGUGCCCGAUGUUCCUUACAAGCUGAACGACGACAACGAAUCAAUUAGGUUGCCCACAGAACUGACAGAAGAUGAAAAUUUUUAUCUGGGAAAAUCAAUCAACGGGAUAUACUGUGCAUCAAUAUUUCAGGGGUCACAACUUCAGGUUUGGUUCGUUAACGACCAAUGUGUUCAUGGUCAGACAGAGUGGGUGUUGAAGCAUGGCAGAGACAUCUUCCCCAUCCUGCCAAAUCUGAACUAUGAUGAACAGUGUGAUGGAGCUUGGAUCUUACAAGAAUUUUACUGUUGGGGACAAGAACAUUCUGAUGAUGAAGCUUAUACUGUGGCGUACUGCAACGAAGCAAUACUGGAAGAGAAAUUUGUGUGGGACUCUGACAAUGAUAAUGUUCUCGAACCAGGAAGUAGGAGCAAGGAUUCUUUUCUCGAUUUUCUUGGAUUUCAUCCGUACAAAGAGGUUGUCUUCUUGAGUGAUAAAUUCGACCGGGUGUUAGCCUAUAAUUGGAGUAUCUCAAAGAUUCAAGAUUUGGGCAAGGUUUUCCCAAAAUUCUACAUAGACUGGGAUCUCCAUUUCCACCAUAAAUAUGUAUCAGCGUCUUUCCCAUACACUCCCUGCUCGUUGGGAGAGCUCCCUGAGAAACUGAAUUUAGAAGCUCAGCUGGAAGAUUAG